AUGACUUCAUUGAAAGGAACUGUGGUUUUGAUGCACAAGAAUGCAUUGAACUACAAUGUUGUUGGUGAUGCCACUGACAAUGAAGGUGAUACCGUUCCUCCUUCCUUCUUGGACAAUUCUGUGGCUUUCAAGUUGAUUAGUGCUACGGAAGCUUAUGAUACUGGAAGAGGAAAAGUGGGAAAGGAAACCUUUUUGGAAGGUCUUCUUACCUCCAUUCCCACAUUGGAAGACAAACAAUCUGCUUUCAGUAUUAAUUUUGAAUGGAACAGUCGUGAUGUGGGAAUUCCAGGAGCAUUUUAUGUUGAGAAUUUCAUGGAACAUGAAUUCUUCCUUGUGAGCUUGUCCCUUGAAGAUGUUCCCAAUCAUGGACCCUUACACUUUAUUUGCAACUCAUGGGUUUACAAUACCGAAAAGUACAAAAGUGACCGUGUCUUUUUUUCUAACAAGACAUACAUUCCACAUCAACUGCCAACUACAUUAGUAUACUACAUACAUGAAGAAAAGAAGACUUUAAAAGGAGAUGGAACCGGAGAGCGUAUGGAAUGGGAUAGAAUAUAUGAUUAUGAUGUCUACAAUGAUUUGGGUGAACCAGAUAAAAGUGCUACCUUGGCUCGUCCAGUGCUUGGGGGGUCUAGCAUCUUGCCUUACCCUCGAAGAGGAAGGACUGGAAGGAAACCAACUCAACAAGAUCCAAAAAGUGAGAGUCGGAGUGGCUAUGUUUACAUUCCAAGAGAUGAAUUACUUGGUCACGUGAAAUCAUCGGACUUUCUUAUUAACAGACUCAAUUUGGCAUCUCAACAUGCAACACCUCAAUUAAGAUCACUAGCUACAUUACAACAGGAUCAACCUGAGUUUAACAGCUUUCAAGACGUGCUCUCUCUUUUUCUGGCCAACUUUCCACUACCGAAAGUGAUUCAAGAGGAUACUUCUGCAUGGAUGACUGAUGAGGAAUUCGCAAGGGAGAUGAUUGCUGGGGUGAAUCCAAACGUCAUCAGAAAAAUUCCAGAAUUUCCACCAAAGAGCAAGGUAGAUAGCCAUAUCUUUGGUGAUAAUACCACCACAAUAACCAAAGAACACUUGGAGCCAUACAUGGAUGGGGUCACUGUAGAACAGGCUAUCCAAAACAAUAAUUUCUACAUACUUGAUCAUCACGAUGCAAUCUUUCCAUAUUUGAGGAAAAUAAAUGAAAUUGGUGGAAAGGCUUAUGCUACAAGGACCAUUCUCUAUUUGCAAAAUGAUGGAACUUUGAAGCCAUUGGCCAUUGAACUAAGUAUACCAAAUCCUAAUGGUGAUAGUUUUGGUCCUGUUAGUAAUGUUUACUCCCCUGCAACCGAAGGUGUUGAAGCUUCAAUUUGGCUCCUUGCCAAGGCUUACGUUGUUGUAAAUGACUCGUGUUAUCACCAACUUAUUAGCCAUUGGUUGAACACUCAUGCUACUGUUGAGCCAUUCAUCAUAGCAACUAAUAGGAAUCUUAGCAUGGUUCAUCCUAUUUAUAAACUAUUACUUCCACACUAUCGUAACACAAUGAACAUAAAUGCCAAUGCACGAAAUAUCUUGAUCAAUGCAGAGGGUAUUAUAGAGUCACAAUACUUGUUGGGAAAUUAUUCAAUGCAAUUGUCUGCUGAUGUUUACAAGGAUUGGGUUUUCACCGAACAAGGACUACCUAAUGAUCUAAUCAAAAGAGGAGUGGCUGUUGAGGAUCCAUCUUCUCCACAUGGAAUUCGCCUUCUGAUAGAGGAUUAUCCUUAUGCUUCUGAUGGACUAGAGAUAUGGGCUGCUAUUAAGUCAUGGGUUGAAGAAUAUGUGAAUUUCUACUACAAGUCAGAUGUAGAAAUUACAUAUGAUUCUGAACUCCGGCAAUUUUGGAAAGAACUUGUAGAGGUGGGUCAUGGUGAUUUGAAGGAUGCUACAUGGUGGUUUAAGUUGAGAACUCGUGCAGAGUUGAUUGAAGCUUGCACCAUCCUCAUAUGGAUAGCUUCAGCACUUCAUGCAGCUGUUAAUUUUGGACAAUAUCCAUACGGAGGAUACAUCGUUAACCGACCGACUAAAAGCAGAAGAUUUAUGCCUGAGAAAGGAUCCCCUGAGUAUGAGGAGCUUGCUAAGGACUACGAGAAGACUUAUUUGAGGACAAUCACACCAAUGACCGAAACCAUUAUGAACAUGACCGUUAUGGAGUUAUUGUCAACACAUGUUUCUGAUGAGAUAUACCUCGGACAGAGAGUCGAAGGUGGUCUAUGGACUUCUGAUUUAGAAGUGGUGGAGGCCUACAAGAAGUUUGGAAAUAAGUUGGCUGAAAUUGAGGAAAAGCUUAUUCAAAGGAACAAUGACGAGUCAUUGAGAAACCGGUAUGGGCCUGUAAAGAUGCCAUACACUCUGCUUCAUCCUUCUAGUGAGGAAGGAAUGACUUUUAGAGGCAUUCCCAACAGUAUCUCCAUCUAGAAAGUGUCACAGUUGAUGUGUUUUUUGUUUCUUUGAAUAACAGAUGAGAAGAAAUCC